GCCUGCUUCUGGCGGCGUUUCUGUUUCUUGCGGUUCACGGUCAUAGGCUUCGUAUCUAUCAACGAUGGGGGAAGGUUUUCAUUCGGAAUGUGAGUGUCGCCAUUGGUGGGGCGUGGAAGUGCACUCAACAUAUGAUCUGACAUUGUGGAGCUAGGAGGAGAUCGGGGGGGACGCGGAGGAGCCAUGGGAUCAUAUGUUUCCUUUUGUAGGUCUAGACAGAUGGCGUAGGAUCUUCUAGCUUUCUUCCAGCCCAGCCACCAUGCAGCAAUCUCUCUCUAACGAGUCCGAUCUGCUUAUUUCCGGCGGGGGAACAAAAGGGGACAAUCAAACUCCCAGUCCGAGUGAUUCUGGUGGAAGUAAACGAGUGGCGGGUGGAGAGCAAAGGUUCGUCAAGGUCAGACGCCAGGCCGACAAAACGGGGAAUGAGGGCGGAGAGGGGUGGAAAGGACCCGAGCCGCACAGCGAGGGGGCCCAGGCGUCAAGGGCGAACGGAGGGGGGAGGCCAAUGUGGCCGGAGAAACUUAGGGUAUCAAGAAGGGGGACGGACAAGUCCUACGCUGGUCGUCGGCGAACAAGCGCAACCAAAGCGGGAUAGUGAAAUUGGUUGAAGAUGAUGGGCGUAGAUUUGGACGGUGGAUCUUGACGCCGGACUUUGGGCUCUGGAUGGUUGCCGUGCCGCUGGCCGCAAGAGGAUAGCCGCCGCAAGCGAGAUUGAUGGCCUGAGAACUCAGGCACUCAUGCCAGACCAUUAUCAGGAUCCCAUGUGGUCAUUCUGCCGGGCGGUAGGUAAAUAGCUGCACAUCAUGUGAUCUUCACGCUCAUCAGCGUCAUCAACACCCAUUUGGAUUCUUAUUGAGUACUAUUAGUACUACCCAUACGGUUCCUUUUUUUUUUUUUUCUUUUCUUUU